ACACGUAAAUUACACAGUUAAAAAAACUGGUUUUCGUCGUUCAAAAAACAAUUUUUAACAAAUUAUUCAAACAUUGGAGUUGAAUGAAAACUGGCUAAAAAAUUAUCGAAUUCAAAGUUUUAAUAAACUAAAAAAUGGAAAUCUCCGAUUGCCCUAGUAUAAGUGUUGUAGCUAAAGAUGGAGAUUUAAAUUUACUUAUGUAUUUAAUAGAACAAGUUGGAAAAAGUGUUAAUUCAACAAAUCCUCAUGGAUGGACUCCAUUGCAUUUAGCAGUGUAUUAUAAUAGGGAAGAAUGUGUGGAUUAUCUAUUAAGUUUAGACGAAACUCGAAUAGAUGCUGAAACUCAUGCGGGCGAGACAGCAUUACUAUUGGCAUGUCGAAAUUAUUACACGGUUCCUAGUUCAAUGGUUCAAAAACUAGUAUCAGCUGGAGCAGAUGUGAAUAUUGUACAAAACGAUUCUAAAUCACCUUUAUAUUGUGUUUGUGAAGGUCCAAAUAAUCCAGGUGGUGAAUUUUAUCGUGAAAAUUUAGCAAAGGCUGAAAUUUUAAUCAACAAUGGAGCUAAUUUAAACACACCAGAAUCUUUUGAGGGCGACACGCCAUUAUUUGCAGCCAUAGAAGAGGAAAAUUUAGAUUUGGUAAAAAUGCUUCUGUAUGCGGGGGCUGAUGCAAACUUUCAACGUGAGUUUGAAGAUUGUGCGCCGAUUAUAAUCGCUGCCCAAACGGAUAACUAUCCUGUAUUUAAUGAAUUAAUCCCAUUUGUUGUGGAUGUGAACGUAAAGACAUGUGAUGGGCGAACAGCUCUAAUGCUAGCUCAAAAUGAGAAUAUCAUUAAAAUUUUGAUGGAACAUGGAGCAGAUCCAAAUAUCAUUGCCGUGGAUAAACCAAUUACAGCUGUUCAUUUGGCUGCUUUUAGACAUAAUUUAAAUAAAUUAAUUCUUUUGUUACCAAGAACUCGCGAUUCAAUAAUCUGUUCUUGUGAAGAAUACAAUUUAAUUUCGUUAAUUGUUGAUACAAUCGAUGGUCAUCACGAUUUAAAAAUUGUAUUCGACUGUUUACGAUACUUAAUGUCGUUAAACAUCGAUAGCUCGAUAUUUUUCAUACCCUUUUCUCAUACAUAUUCCUAUCCUCCAAUUGCAGCUUUAUUCAUACCAUGUGCCGUCACAGCCAGUGAUGAUCUUUGGGAUGAAUACUUAUCAUUAUUUUAUCUAUUUCUUUCGAAAGGUAUAAACGUGAAUGCAGAAGGCAAUCAAAAAUGUUUGUUAAGUUAUUUUGUUGAAGUGUACACUGAUUGGAAUCCGAGGGUUGAACAAAUUUUAAAAAUUUUAGUUGAUCAAGGAUUGAAUGCCGACAGUUUUGUAGCGUUUUUCUUUAAUAGACAUUUUUUAUUUGAAACAAGUAAAUAUCAAAUGCAAUUUAUUAUGCAUUUGGUACCAUAUUUUUUCACCCAUGGUUAUCGAUUUUAUAAACAUUUUCAAAAAAGUGGCCAGGAUAUGAAAGAUUUAUUAUCGUGUAGAGAAUUUGAACGAACUUUUGCAACUGAUAAUUUAAAAAAUUACUGCCGUAGUUUGAUACGAAAACAAAUUAAAUUAAAGUGUAAUACAACGUCUGAUUAUUUGCAAUGUGUGAAUAGUUUACCGAUACCGAUAUGUUUAAAAGAUUAUAUUCGUUUUAAAUUUCAUUAA